GCGGCGGCGGGGCCGGUGCUGCCGGGGCGAUGGCGGGCGCUGCCCAGCUCUGGCCGCUCUGGCUCUGUCUGCUCCCCGCCGCCGCCGCCUUCAACCUGGACACGGGCAGCGCCGUGCUCAAGGACGGCACCAGCGGCAGCUUCUUCGGCUUCGCCGUGGCGCUGCACCGGCAGCUCAGCCCCGAGCCCGCGGGUUGGCUGCUGGUGGGGGCCCCGCAGGCGCCAGCGCUGCCCAGCCAAGGUGCCAACCGCACCGGGGGGCUCUUUGCCUGCCCCCUGACUCUGGAGCCCUCCGACUGCUGGCGGGUGCCCAUCGAUGAUGGAGUGGACCUGGAGCAGGAGAGCAAAGAGAACCAGUGGCUGGGGGUGAGCGUAUCGAGCCAGGGCGCCGGCGGCAAGAUCGUGACCUGCGCCCACCGGUAUGAGGCGCGGCACCGCGUGCGGCAGCCGCUGGAGACCCGGGACGUGCUUGGCCGCUGCUUCGUGCUGGGCCAGGACCUGCGGGAUGAGCCCGAGGGUGGCGACUGGAGCUUCUGCCGCGGGCGGCCGCAGGGCCACGAGCAGUUCGGGUCCUGCCAGCAGGGCCUGGCUGCGGCCUUCAGCCCCGACCGCCUCUACCUGCUGCUGGGAGCACCCGGCACCUACAACUGGAAGGGGACCCUGCGUGUGGAGCUGCUGCCCCAGAGCCCCCCGGACCCGCUGCGCUUCGACGACGGUCCCUACGAGGCGGGGGGCGAGAAGGAGCAGGACCCCGCGCUCAUCCCCGUGCCCGCCAACAGCUACUUGGGGCUGCUCUUCGCGACCGGCGUCGGCGGCUCCGAGCCCGACCAAGUGGUCUACAGGAGCGCGGCGCCCGGCGAGACGGUGCCCGGCGCUGCCGCGGACCUGCCCCACAAUAGCUACGUGGGGUUCUCGGUGGCGUCGGGCGCGGGGCUGACGCGGCGCCGGGAGUUGAGCUUCGUCACCGGCGCCCCCCGCGCCAACCACACCGGCGCCGUCGUCAUCCUGCGCCGCGACAGCGCGAAUCGGCUGGUGCCCGAGGCCGUGGUGCCGGGGCAGCAGCUCAGCUCCGCCUUCGGGCACAGCGUGGCCGUGCUGGACCUCAACAGCGACGGGUGGCUGGACCUGGUGGUGGGGGCCCCCCACUUCUUCGAGCGCCAGGAGGAGAUCGGGGGGGCCGCCUACGUCUACAUCAACCCGGCGGGGCGCUGGGACGCCGCCACCCCCCUGCGCCUCAACGGCACCCGCGGCUCCAUGUUCGGCAUCGCCCUCAGCGCUGCCGGAGACCUCAACCACGACGGCUUCGAGGACCUGGCCGUUGGAGCCCCCUUCGACGGCGCCGGCAAAGUCUACAUCUACCAUGGCAGCAGCCUGGGCAUCGUGGCCGCGCCAGCGCAGGUGCUGGAUGGGGAGGCCGUGGGGGUGACGGCGUUCGGGUACUCGCUCUCGGGGGGGCUGGAUGUGGACGGGAACCUCUACCCCGACCUGCUCGUGGGGUCUCUCUCGGACACUGUGGUGCUGUACAGAGCUCGCCCGGUCGUCCACGUGUCCCGGAACAUGUCCCUGGACCCCCCCAACAUCGACCUGGAGCAGAGCAACUGCCGGCACCAGGAAGGCGUCUGUGUGGACGUCGGCACCUGCUUCAGCUACACGGCCAGUCCCGGCAGCUUCGGCCCCCGCCUCGCGCUGCAGUACGUGCUGGACGCGGACGCGGAGCGGCGGCGCCUCGGCCACGCUCCCCGCGGCGCCUUCCUGGGCCGCCGGAGCUCGGACCCCGAGCACCAGUUCUCCGGUACCGUGGAGCUGCCGCGGCAGCACGCGCGGGUCUGCAUCACCGCCACCUUCCAGCUCCAGGACAACAUCCGUGACAAGCUGCGCCCCAUCACCAUGACCCUGGCUUAUGGCAUUCAUGGGGAUGGGGCCGCGCGGCAGCGCCGGGAUCCAACACGGCUCCGCCGGGGCUCGGUCCUGCCGCCCCUGUCACCGGUGCUCAGCCCACAGCAGCCCAACAGCCACCGCACUGAGGUUCACUUCCUGAAGCAGGGCUGUGGGGACGACAAGAUCUGCCAGAGCAACCUCCAGCUUCGCUUCCAGUUCUGCGCCCGCCUUGGGGACGCCGAGUUCCUGCCGCUGCCGCGGGGGGACGAUGGCGCCGCCAUCCUCGCCAUCAGCGACCAGAAGGACGUGGCCCUGGAGAUCCACGUCACCAACGAGCCCUCGGAGCCGGCGGAGCCGCAGCGGGACGGGGACGACGCGCACGAGGCGCUGCUCAGCGCCUCCUUCCCCCCCGAGCUGCCCUACUCUGCCCUGCGCCAGGAUGAGGGGCGCCCCGCGGAGAAGCCGGUGCUGUGUCUCGCCAACCAGAACGGCUCCCGGGUGGAGUGUGAGCUGGGGAACCCCCUGCGGCGCGGGGCCGAGGUCCGGUUCUUCCUCAUCCUCAGCACCUCGGGCAUCACGUUGCAGACCACGGACCUGGCGGUGGAGCUGGCGCUGUCCACCAUCAGCGAGCAGCCGGGGCUGGCGCCGGUGGUGGCUCGUGCCCGUGUGGUCAUCGAGCUGCCGCUCUCGGUGACGGGCGUGGCGGUGCCACCGCGGCUCUUCUUUGGCGGCACCGUGCUGGGGGAGAGCGCCGUGAAGCGUGAGAGCCAAGUGGGCAGCGCCGUGCGCUUCGAGGUGACGGUCUCCAACCGGGGCCAGUCGGUGAAGACGCUCGGCUCAGCCUUCCUGACGCUGCUCUGGCCCCACGAGCUCCCCAACGGGAAGUGGCUCCUGUACCCGCUGCACGUGGAGCUGGCGGCGGCGCCGGGGCAGGCGGUGCCCUGCAGCCCCGCCGCCAACCCGCUGCGCCUGGCGCUGGAGCCCCCGGGGCAGCCGGAGCCACCCACGCCAGGGGCCUGGUGGGUGCUGGCGCCCGCCAAGAGGAGGAGGAACGUCACGUUGGUGAGAGGGGGGGACCCUACAUGGGGAGCGCCCGCUCAUGGGGUGCACCCAGUUAUGGGGUGUCCCUGCUUAUGGGGUGCCCCUAUGCCUGAGGUACCAUUGCUCAUGGGGUUCAUCUGUUCUUGGCGUACCCCUGCUCCUGCGGUGCCCCCAUUCCUACACACCCUCUCCUGGGGUACCCCCGCUUAUGGGGUGCACCCACUCAUGGGGCGCCUCUGCUCACGGGUUGCACCCGCUCCUGGGGUACCCCCAUUCUUGGGACACCCCUGCGCCUGGGUACCCCGCUGGUGUCUGACCCCUCCGCAGGACUGUGCCCAGGGCACCGCGCGCUGCUGGCCCUUCCGCUGCCCAUUGCCCAGCUUCGAGCGCGCGGCCGUGCUGAGCGCCCGCGGCCGCCUCUGGAACGGCACCUUCCUGGAGGAGUUCCUGGCCGUCACCUCGGUGGAGCUCAUCAUCCGCGCCAGCGUCUCGGUGACAUCCUCCAUCAAGAACCUGGUGCUGAGGGACGCGUCCGUGCAGAUCCCUGUCAGCAUCUACCUGGACCCCGGCGCGGCGGUGGCCGGCGGCGUGCCCUGGUGGGUGAUCCUGCUGGCGGUGCUGGCCGGUGUCCUCCUCCUGGCGCUGCUCGUGGCCGUCCUCUGGAAGGUGGGGUUCUUCCGCCGGGCGCGGGCCGUGCCGCCGGCGCUGCCGCAGCACCACGCGGUGAAGAUCCCGCGGGAGCAGCGGCAGCAGUUCCGCGAGGAGAAGACGGGAACGAUCCAGCGCAAGGAAUGGGCCGCCCUGAGCGAGGCGGGCGACGGGCGCGUCACCCCCAGCUCCGCCUGAGCCCGGGACACGGGAAACCUCCCCCGGGAACGGGGCCGGGACAGGGCCGUCGGCACAAUAAAGCAGCGGCCCCGCCAUGGGCGCACCACCGA